CGUGUGAGGCGGGUACAUUUGGACCAGCCUGCAAACUCAGGUGUUCUGAACAAUGCGCCAACACUUGCAAUAACUCCAUAGGGACAUGUGUUUGUAAGGAUCGAUUUCAGGGAAGUCUCUGCACAGAAUGCGUACACGGAUUGUUUGGAGACAAAUGCGCACUGAAAUGCUCCCCCUGGUGUUUAGACAAUCAUUGUGACAUGUGGACUGGGGAAUGUAUCGCAUGUAUCCACGGACGUAUGGGGCUCUUUUGUGCAGAAUGCCUGGAAGGAUACUACGGAGUCAGGUGUAACAUCACGUGUCCCGACAAGUGUAAAAUAGGAGGCUGCAACAUUGAGACUGGACUGUGUCAUUCUUGUGUGGAGGGUUAUUACGGCGCUUCUUGCACGAUAGCCGAGAGAGCCCAGCAAAUGCAUCCAGCCUUUCUCUUGACACUGGCCUUCCCCUGUCUUCUGAUGAUCGUCUGGUGGAUGGUGGGUCAGGGCAGACGAGACACCAUAAUGAUGGAGAGCGAGUAG